AUGACGCCCCAAUUUACCUCCGGGUUAAAUCUGCCGAACAAGAACUCGGCUCCGAAGCCGAGCAUUUCCUUCGGACAGAAGCGCAAGAAGAACAUUUUCGACGACGACUCAGGAGAUGAAGACCAACAAAAAGAUGGCGCUGUUGAAGUCUCCACAAUCGGUGGUCUUGAAGUGCCGGCUCCAAAAUCAAAAUUGAGCUCGGAAUCACCACCAAAACGAAAGAUGCAGAUGGGAUUCAGCGGCAAGCCAGGAAAACCGAAUGCGAAGCCAUUGAACAAGAAAUCUAUCUUCGCCAAUGAUGAGGAAGAAGAUGAAGAAAGGGAAAACGAGCGAUGGGGCGAAGUGCAGUUCGGAUUGAACCAAGCCCAUUCAAAGAAUCCAGCCGGGCCCGGCCAAAAAUUCACCAAUCUCUCCGCACUACACAGCAGCAAAAAACAUGCUAAAGAAGCCGAAGAGCUUGACCCGUCUAUCUACUCUUAUGAUGCGGUUUACGAUAAUCUGCAUGCAAAGCCCGACAAGGCUGCGGCAGCGAACAAGAGCGAAGGACCAAAAUACAUGACAAAUUUGCUGCGCAGCGCAGACAUCCGGAAACGCGAUCAGCUGCGGGCGCGAGACCGCCAAUUAGCCAGGGAGCGGGAAGAAGAAGGCGACGAAUUUGCCGAUAAAGAGAGCUUUGUUACAGGCGCAUACAAAGCCCAACAAGAGGAGAUGCGAAAGCUCGAGGAAGAGGAGGCACGCCGGGAGAAAGAAGAGGAGGAGCGGCGGAAACAGAAUGGCGGCGCCGGUAUGGUCGGUUUCUAUCGAGAUGUGCUGUCACGCGACGAGGCUCGUCACAACGAAGUAGUCAAGGCUGCCGAAGAGGCUGCGCGCCGAGUCAAGGCUGGCGAGGUGUCCGAGGAUACCACCCAGCCAAGCGAAGACCAGACCGACGCCCAGAAGGCAGCCGAUCUCAAUGCCCAAGGUGCUCGUAUUGUCGUCAAUGAGGAGGGCCAGGUGGUUGAUAAGCGACAACUCCUGACUGCCGGAUUGAAUGUGGCACCAAAACCGAGGACAACGCCUUCUGUCCUGCCCAAAUCGGCCGCACAGGCCUCUGCACCACGACCCAGCGGUGGUGCUGGCUACCAGACUGGUCGUGCCGCCCAGCGGGCCCGCCAGACUGAGAUGAUCGCAUCCCAGCUCGAGGCACAGGCACGCCAAGAUGCAGAGGCCGAGGCGGCCCGUCAACAAGAGAUUGCGGAGAAGAGCAAGAGCCGAAAGACCGCCACCGAUGUUUCGAGCGCUAAGGAGCGGUACUUGGCGAGAAAGCGGGAACGCGAAGAGGCGGCAGCCAAUGCAAAAUGA